AAAAAUGUCUGUUGAUUAUUGAGGGCCAUGUCUCAGAAUGUGAAUCAGCUGCUGAUCUAUCCACAAUCAAAGACAACCUGACUGAGCGUCUCCAGGCCAGUGAAAACAAGAUCUCUUCCCUGACUGAAGACAGAGACAGACUGAAAGCCAGAAUCAAUGAAAUGACUGCAGAGGAAACAUGUCCUGCAGGAUGGAGGAAGUUCAGUUCUGCCUGUUAUUUCCUCUCUGAUGUGUUUGGCUCAUGGGAUGAAGGCAGAAAGGACUGCAGAGACAGAGGAGCAGAUCUGGUGGUGAUUGACAGCUCUGCAGAGCAGACGUUUCUUCAUGAGUUCACCGAGACAGUUGCUUGGAUUGGUUUGACAGACAGAGAAGAGGAGGGGACCUGGAAAUGGAUCGAUGGGACGCCACUGACUUUUAGGAAGUGGCAGAAGAAGCAGCCUGAUAAUGGUGGUGGAAACCCGCUGUGGGGUGCCGAGGACUGUGUGCAUAUUAUUCCCAGCAACGAGUGGAAUGACCUGUCAUGUGAAACCUCAAUUCAGUGGAUCUGUGAGAAAACAGCAGUGUCUAUUUUGAGAUCAUAAAUUUGAAAAUUUUACAAUGUAAGCUAGGAUCUCCGUCGAUUGUGUGUGUCUCCUUAUAGGUGUAUUUGGCCCUGAGAGUGCCUAAGUUGGAUUUAUGUCUCUGGUACGUUCACUGAAUAAAAAUUUAAGCACAACACUUUUGUUUUGUCUCUCACCUCACAGACUU